AUGCACCCCAUCCUCCUACUCCUACCCACCCUCCUCCUAGGCCCCCUCGCCUUCGCCGCAACACCAACCACAAACCCCCGCACUACAACCUACCGAUGGAUCCCCAAACCCGCAACCCUGCUAUCCGAGAUCCCCGGAUCCGGCGUUUGUGACGAGGAGAUUGAGUAUUGCAUGAAGAGAAAGAGAUUCAUUGCUGGAUUCGAGCUGACGCUUUGA